GGCUUAGGACUUAAAAUGAUGUUCAGAUUGAUGCAUCCCAAAAUUCAGAAAAAAAUUUUCCAGAUAAUUCCUGUCCUCCUAUUAAUGCUCCCACAAGUCUCGCCUUCUGUUAACAGGGCAGAAAAGUCCCCUUGUUUCCCCAAAACCAGUCCUGUCCUAUCUAGGGAUGGAGAUCUGGUGAUUGGGAGCUUUGUCCCCCUAUAUUCAGUAGAAGUAAGCAGUCUCAGCAGAGCAGAACUCUUUCAAAGUCAUCCUGACAAGGGCUGUAAGGAAUACAAGUGGAUGCACAAAAAUUACCAGCAGGUUCUGUCCCUGGUAUUUGCUGUGGAGGAGAUCAACAGGGACCCCAAACUGUUACCCAAUAUUUCUAUCCUGGGAUUCCACCUCUACAACACCUAUCACAGUGAUGAGAAGACCUUGGAGAGCUCCCUGAGGUGGCUCUCUGGGCAGGGCCAGCUCAUCCCUAACUAUAUCUGCCUAGGGCAGGACAAGCCUGUAGCUAUCAUUGGAGGAGCCACAUCAGCUCUGUCUAUCCAGAUGGGAACCCUGCUUGAGAUCUACAGGAUUCCACAGAUCAGCUAUGGACCUUUUGAUUCCAUCCUGAGUGACAAGGCUCAGUUUCCUUCUCUCUAUCAACUGGCCCACAGGGACUCUUCCCUGCACCAUGGUAUGGUCCGAUUAAUGGUCCAAUUUGAAUGGACAUGGAUAGGUCUGGUGACCACAGAUGAUAUGAGAGGUGAAGAAUUCCUCUGGAACUUAAGAGGGGACAUGAUUCAGCAUGACAUCUGUCUGGCUUACACCGAGAAGAUCCCAGUCAGUGAGAGAAGAUACACAGAAUCUCAAGAUAUGUUCAUGCCACGUAUCAUGCAAUCCUCAGUCAGAGUCGUCAUCAUUCAUGGUGACACAGAUUCACUCAUGAUCCUUAGAUAUUCACAGCCUCUAUAUUUCUUCCUAUGGAAGGUCUGGAUCACCACAUCUCAUUGGGACAUCACCAUGAGACCUCAGUGGUAUGAUGGCUACAGUUUCCAUGGAGCACUUUCUUUUUCCCAGAGGACCAAAGAGAUUCCUGGUUUCAAGUCCUUUCUCAGGACCGUGAACCCUGCCCAAUACCCAGAGGACAUUUUACUCAAGGAGUUUUGGUGCUCAGCAUUCAAAGGAAAAGAGAAACAUGAAAACCAGGAGCCAAAUGAGUGCUCACCAAAUACCUCCUUGGAGACUCUGCCUCUGCGCUUCUUUGACAUGACCAUGUCUGGGUUGAGUUACACCAUCUACAAUGCUGUGUAUGCUGUGGCCUGGGUGCUCCAUGAAAUGCUCCUGGGAUCUUCAGAGAGAGGAUCUAAGAGAGAUGGAGAAAUCUGGGUGCCUCAGCCAUGGCAGCUCCACUAUUUUCUGAAGAAGACCCACUUUGAGAACAGUGCUGGUGACCAGGUGUUUUUGGAUGCCACAGGAAGUUCUGAGGCUCAUUAUGACAUUUUGGAAUACUUGCACUUUCACAAUGAGACUGAAACUCUGGUGAAAGUGGGACAGUUUAUACCCAAUGCUCCAAAUGGUCAAGAUUUCACAAUUAGUGAGAAGGCCAUAGUGUGGGGUUGGUUUGAGUCAAAGUCUCCACGUGCUAUAUGUGGUGAUAGCUGUGGCCCUGGAUUUAGGGAAAUUGCAAGGGAGGGAGAGCCCAUCUGCUGUUUUGACUGUUCUCCCUGCCCAGAGGGGGAGAUUUCCAAUCAAACAAAUACGAAGCACUGUAUGAAGUGUCCUGAAGAUGAGUAUCCCAAUAAGGAGAGAGAUCACUGCCUCCCCAAAGCCAUCACCUUCCUGGAUAUCAAAGAACCUCUGGGCAUGACUCUAGCUUGUGUGGCUCUUUUCUUCUCUGCACUGACAGCUCUGAUUUUCAGGGUGUUUCUGAAGUUCCAGGACACCCCCAUAGUCAAAGCCAAUAAUAGGACCCUAAGCUACACCCUCCUCAUUUCCCUUUCCUUCUGUUUCCUCUGCUCUUUGCUCUUCAUUGGCCGUCCCACUGCAGCCACCUGCCUCCUCCGACAAACAACAUUUGGGCUUGUGUUCACUAUAGCUAUCUCUUCCAUUUUAGCAAAAACCAUUCUGGUUGUUCUGGCCUUCAAGGUGACAGUGCCCGGGAGUAGGAGCAGGAUAUGGGGAAAACCUAGAGUGUCCUACUCCAUUGUAUUCCUUUCCUCUGGGAUUCAAGUGACCCUCUGUGGCAUCUGGCUGGGAAUCUCUCCUCCAUUUCCAGACACAGACACUCAUUCCCAACCCAAUCAAAUCCUCAUUGAGUGCAAUGAGGGCUCUAUUUUUGGCUUCUAUUGUGUCUUGGGCUACAUUAGCCUCUUAGCCCUGGGCAGCUUCAUGGUGGCUUUCCUGGCCAGGAACCUUCCUGACACCUUCAAUGAAGCCAAAUUCAUCACUUUCAGCAUGCUGGUGUUCUGUAGUGUGUGGGUCUCCUUCCUGCCCACAUACCAGAGCACCAAGGGCAAAGCCAUGGUGGUGGUGGAGAUCUUCUCCAUCCUGGCCUCCAGUGCUGGCUUACUGGGCUGCAUCUUUAUUCCCAAGUGUUAUGUGAUCUUGCUGAGGCCAGAUAAGAACACCCAGAAAUGCAUAAGAAAUAAAUCAAAUUGUAAGAGUGGGAAACUUUCUGUAUGA